AUGGAGAUAGUAAAGACAUUCAUAAUCUCAUAUAACUCAACGUUCGAUGAUCUACCGCUGCCUGAGACACAAAUCUGGUUGCAGGAUCAAAAAUUUAUUUCAGGCAUUGAUCCAUUUUAUGGCGCACUGCUUGCUUUGGCUUUUUUGUUCACGCUAUUAACCGUUCUUUUGUCCUUUGUCCAGCUAUAUUACAUUGUAAAGUACAUUGGUAAUCAUCGCAUAAAGACAAAUUUUUAUUUUCUCGUAUUCAUGUUUCCGAUCGCAGCUGUUUGUAACGUUUCCGGUAUGUUUAUACCACGUGCAGCAGUAUUUUUAUACGCUUUUGCUCUUGUAUAUCUGUCAGUAUGCUUAUUUGCUGCUAUCUCCUUAUUGUUCAACAUAUUUGGUGGGCGAAAACAAAUGUCUGAUUAUUGCAUGAAAAGAAACAUCCCCAUUUCAUUUCGCAUCACUCCUCUAUGCUGCUUGAGUUGUCUGCCAUAUGUUCCGUGCACAGAAAGAAACCUGCAGCGGAUCGAAUGGCUCGUAUUUCAAACACCUGUUCUUCGAACCAUUAUUGAAGUAAAUAGUGUCGUGGUCUUCAUGGAGCUUGGACAUCGUUCUUGCAGGUGGUUUAUGCUUUCGCAAGUGGUUGGUAUAAUCUCUCUUGUUGUAGCAUUUUAUGGUUGCUACAUAAUGAUUCCGCUAGCAAAAGUGAGAAGUUCUGGUAAUUAG